AUGGCUGAUUAUGAAAGUAUUCUUUCGAAACUCGCGGAUGAUGCCUCCAUGCCGAUUGCAGUAGUUGGUAUAGGAGGCAGAUUCCCGGGUGAGGCAACGAACCCUGAGAAGUUCUGGAAUAUGAUCUACAAUUCAAGACACGCUCUUACCGAAGUGCCCAAAGAUCGAUUUAACAUCGAUGCGUUCUAUCAUCCCUACGCUGAGCGUCAGGGAACAAUGAACGUGAGGGGGGGUCACUAUCUUACAGAGGAUGUCGGGCUUUUUGAUGCCCCAUUCUUCUCGAUCACUGCAAAAGAGGCCAAUGCCAUGGACCCUCAACAGAGGCUCGCGCUUGAGGUUGCGUACGAGAGUCUCGAAAAUGCUGGAAUGCGCAUGGAAGAUGUAUUAGGGUCAUCUAUGGCCUGUUAUAUGGCAUCGUUCACCAGAGAUUAUGCAACUCUUCGAGGUCACGAUGCUGAAGAUAUUCCACGUUACGAGGGAACAGGAAACGGAUCUGCCAUGAUAUCCAAUCGCAUUUCAUGGUUUUUUGACCUCAAGGGUCCUAGCUUGAGUUUGGACACAGCAUGUUCUUCAUCGCUGGUAGCUUUACAUCUUGCAUGCCAAAGUAUCAGAACAGGAGAGACAAACACUGCUCUAGUGGGUGGAACGAAUUUGAUUCUGAUGCCGGAGAUGCAAACUGCAAUGACUUCCUUAAACUUCUUGAGCCCAGACAGCAAGUCUCAGUCAUUUGAUCAUAAAGCCAACGGUUAUUCACGUGGUGAGGGUGCCGCUGUCAUCGUCAUCAAGUCUCUUGCCGAUGCCAUCCGGGAUGGCAACACUAUUAGAGGUGUAAUUAGGGGUACUGCAGUGAACCAGGACGGCAAGACUCCAGGUAUCACCCUACCAUCGGCGAAGGCUCAGGAAGAACUUAUCAGAGCUACAUAUGCCAGCGCAGGCUUGGACUUUGAUUCCACCGAGUACUUUGAAGCUCACGGAACAGGAACUGCGGCUGGUGAUCCCCUAGAAGCGUCGGCCAUUGCCGCUACUAUCAGUGCAUCUCGCCCUAAAGACAAGCCUCUACUUAUAGGAUCUGUGAAGACAAAUAUCGGUCAUAUGGAGGGAGCUAGUGGUUUGGCUGGACUCAUCAAAGCUCUAUUCGUUUUGGAAAAAGGCAUAAUCCCGCCCAAUCUUUGGUUCGAGAAAGCAAACCCACGUAUUCCAAUGGAGAAAUGGCGUCUCAAGGUACCUACAAAACUUGAGAUGUGGCCGACCAAAGGGCUUCGUCGCGCAAGUGUCAAUUCCUUCGGUUAUGGAGGUACAAAUGCUCACUGCAUUAUUGAUGAUGCGCGCCAUUAUCUGGAGUCUCGUGCCCUGGAUGGGGUACAUAAGACUGUUGAUUAUCCCUCAAGUAUAGACACCGAAGGAAGCACGGAUAAUAGCGAGGGAAGCAAUGAUGAUAGUAGCAGCACAAACAGCGACUUUCAGCAGACGCCUCUAAGCGGAUCCGAAAUAUCUGAUCCACAGAAAGAAAUUUCGCUUGAAUCAUUUGAUCAUCCAAAGCUCCUUGUCUGGACAUCUCAUGACCAGGUUGGCACUGACAGAACAGCAAAACAAAUCAUUGAUUAUAUUCAGGCCAGCACUGAUGACAAUAUCGUCUCUGAUCUUGCUUUUACCUUUUCUGAGCAUCGUAGCAGAAUGCCUUGGAAGACAUAUACUGUGGCGUCAUCGGCUACAGAGCUAUCUACAAGCCUCAGCAAGCACAUACCGAAGCCGGUGCGAUCAUCGCAGGUUCCAAAUUUGUGUUUCAUUUUCACUGGGCAAGGUGCACAGUGGUUUGCCAUGGGUCGAGAAUUGCUCGCGUACCCAUUGUUUAAAGAGCGCCUUGAGACUGCAUCUAACGCUUUCAAGGCCUUUGGUAGUUCUUGGUACCUUCUUGAUGAGUUGCUCUUGAGUGAAGAAGAGUCUCGCAUCAACGAGUCUGCAAUCAGCCAGCCGGCUUGUACAGCCCUACAGGUGGCCCUGGUUGAUCUUUUGGCCGAAUGGAACAUCAAACCGUCCGUUGUGAUCGGCCACUCAAGCGGAGAAAUUGCCGCAGCUUACGCCAAAGGGGCAAUUUCCCGCGAGGAUGCAUGGACUAUAGCGUAUCACCGAGGUCAUCUCUCUGGCAGCUUGAAGACGAAAGGUGCAAUGCUAGCGGUAGGCCUCGGAGAAAACGAUGUCCAGUCUUAUCUCGACCAAGUCUCUCCAGAUCAUGGUCAUGUUGUCGUGGCAUGUAUCAACAGUCCAUCCAGCGUUACUUUGUCUGGAGAUCUAUCCGCAAUUGCCGAGAUCAAGACUCUUCUUGAUGCUGACAAUGUCUUUAAUCGUAAACUAGCUGUCAAUACAGCAUAUCACUCUCCACAUAUGCAAGCCUUGGCUGAUGCAUAUACACAAUCGCUUAGCGGUUUGAAGCCAUCGAGGUCAGCAGAGAAGUCAAAUGUCACCAUGUUCUCGUCUGUCACGGGAGGAAUCGUUGAUGACGCGACACUCGCAACCCCGCAGUACUGGGUUUCGAAUAUGGUGAAUCCCGUCAAAUUCAAUCAUGCUGUUAAGGCAGGGUUAGAAUUCAGCCCGAGCAAGAGACGCACGGCGGGUAACGCUCAGUACGUGAACCAAUUCGUGGAGGUAGGACCGCACUCCGCUCUACAAGGGCCACUGAAACAGAUCCUGGAUGCCGGCCAAGGAAAGAAAAGAUAUGAAGUACCCUACGUGUCUAUUCUCUCGAGGGGUAAAGAUGCUGUUCGGUGUUGUCUUGAUUCUCUUGGUAAAUUAUUUCAGCGGGGUUAUCCUGUUGAUGUAUCCCGUAUCAACGGAAGUCAGAAUGAUAAUCAGAAUCCUCGCUUGUUGACAAAUCUGCCGCCAUUUGCAUGGAAUCAUUCUACGCGUUACUGGUACGAAUCAGCUGUCUCCGCAGCAUUUAGACACCGCAAACUACCCCGAUACGACCUUGUUGGUGUAUUGAACGAGCAUUCAACAGACGUUGAACCUUUCUGGACUAAUUACCUGCGUGUUUCCGAAGCACCGUGGAUCGAGCACCACAAAGUCCAAGGAACGAUAUUAUAUCCUCUGGCUGGUAUGAUUGUUAUGGCGAUUGAAGGAGCUCGUCAGAUUGCGGACCCUACGAAAGAAAUUGCUGGAUUCCAGGUACGAGAUGUUUCGGUCGGCAAAGCUAUGGUCCUUCAUCCCGAACUUCCUACCGAAACGAAGCUCCAAUUUAGACCAUGGAGAGCUGGUAGCCGUCUGUCGGAUUCAUUUUGGCAUGAGUUUACAAUCUCAUGCCGAACUCGCCAGGGAGUAUGGACUCAACACUGUGCUGGUUUGGUAGCCGUCAAGUACGAGACGGAACAAAACCCAACGUUUGCAGAUGAGGAGGCUGCUGCUGCUAAACGGCACCAUGAUGAGUAUAUUCGACUAUCCACAGCUGGGUUCAAUCCUGAUGAUCCUCGUCAAGUUUAUGCUUCACUGGCCGAGCUUGGUCUACAAUGGGGUCCUACCUUUACAGGCCUGGUCCAUAUUAGCUCUGGAGACUACGAAGCUCACUGCGAGCUCGAAAUCCCAGAUACCAAGAAGUAUAUGCCGGAAGCUUUCGAAUAUCCACACAUUGUUCACCCAGCUGCUUUAGACGCAUUUAUUCAGAUGGUUAUUCCUGCGUCUACGCCAGCUGGUGUUCAGCUUCAAAAAGCCAAGAUCCCUCGAUUCAUCGAAAGCUUGUAUAUCUCCAGUAAAAUCAGCUCUACACCUGGAACUCGAUUCUACGGCUACUCCAAGUCUAAGCCAUACGGCUUCAACGAAUCAAUCGGUACCAUCGUGGCAUCGGACCGUGAAUGGAAGGAGCCCAUGGUCGUGAUCGAUGGCUGCAGAAUUGUCACCCUAGAGAACAUGGCCGAUGGUAUGAACACAGAUGCAGCUGGAAGCUCUACGUUCUUGAGAAAGCUUGGUUCCCACCCUAAGUGGGAUCUUGAUCUCGAGCACUUUCAUUUGGAAAAAGCUAGAAAGUUUUUCGCACCGUAUGGUGAAAAAGUGGCAGAUGCAGAUUUGAACGUCAUUCGCGAUUUGGAGCUCGCAUCUUUCAUCUUCUGCAAGAGGAUACUAAAGCAAUUUUCUCCGUCUGACGCAAAAGCUUUUUCUCCUCAUCACCAAUUGUUCUAUGAGUACAUGCAGCACCGAUAUGAACUUGGAGAGCAAGGAAAGUUGGAUUGUCAAGAGAAGGAUGACAUUGACUGGCUGAAUACUACUCCAUCCUUUGAAGAAGAUCUUCUGUCAAGGGUAUCGGAGGCUACAAUUGAUGGCAAGGUUCUCUGUCAUCAGGGCUCACAAUUUGACAAAAUUCUUCGUGGGGAAAUAGAGCCUCUUCAGGUCCUAAUGCAGGAUUCUCUUUUGACCCAAUACUACCGAAAUGCUCUAGGGACGGAUAAGUGGAAUCCCAUCAUUGCCAAAUUUGUUCAACUCCUCUCUCACAAGAAGCCUCUCAGGAUUCUUGAGGUCGGAGCGGGAACCGGAGGCACCACGUCCGUGAUUUUAUCAGCACUUGGCCAACGCGAGGAUGCUGCUAAUUGGCUUGAAUCUUACACUUUCACGGACAUUAGUAGCGGUUUCUUCGGUGCCGCUGCUGCCGACUUCCAAGAAUGGUCGCCAUUUCUAGAGUACAAGGUUCUUGACAUUGUAAAGGAUCCUAUAGAACAAGGCUUGCCCUCUCACGCUUAUGACUUGAUCGUUGCAAAUAACGUUUUGCACGCGACUUCAUCGAUCAGCGCAUGUCUUGCUCACUGCAAAGAAAUGCUGAAACCCGGUGGUGUCUUGCUUCUUGGAGAAUUAACCACAACCCUUGCUAGGGUCCCCAUGGUCUUUGGAACACUUUCGGGAUGGUGGAGUGGUGAGCAGGAUGGCCGGAAAUGGGGUCCUAGACUGUCCGAGAAACUGUGGGAUAAGAAUCUCCGCGAACAGGGAUUCAGUGGUCUCGAUAUGUGCUUCAGGGACCACAGUACCGACGCUUACUCUAUCUCCUUGAUGCUUUCAACAGCCGAUCCUAUCCCCGAGGCUACACUUCCCAGUAACUUUACUAUUGUCGUACCGGAAAGUGAUGGAACACCUGCCCAUAAAUUGGCCGCCACACUAUCAGCAGAUCUCUCGGUGGCUGGGGCUAACACUCAACAAGUCUCCAUAUCCAAUGUUUCUAACGUGGAUUUAGCAGGUCAGACUUGUAUUUCGUUAAUUGAAGCAAAUGAGCCAUUGCUUCACACAACCGGUGAGAAAGAUUUCGCGGCGGUCAAACACAUAUUACUCACCUCUGAACGAACUUUGUGGAUUACCAACGGAGCUGCUAUGGAUAGUGAGUGUCCAGAAGGCAACCUUAUUGCGGGACUAGGUCGUACUAUUCGAAGUGAAAUUCCAUCUAUGCAACUUACCACCCUAGACUUGGAUCCAAACAGUCAGCUAGACUCCAAGACUCAUAUAACAGCGAUUAGUCAAGUUCUUCGAUCUAUGACCAAGAACGAUCUGGAAUGGGAGUAUGCACUGCGGCAAGAAAAGCUACACUCACUACGAUUAGUGCCCGACAAGACCUUGAACGCGAUGUUCGAGACAAGCAAGAUGGAGCCACCAGCUGUCACGCUCCCUUUCAACCAGCCUGGUCGUGCACUUGCUUUAGCUGUCAAGACUCCCGGCAUGCUAGAUACGUUCCAAUUUGUUGAUGACAAUGAAUAUUCAAAGCCUUUAGGUGCCAAAGAACUGGAAAUAGAAGUCAAGGCUGUCGGCAUGAACUUCCACGAUGUCAUGAUCGCAAUGGGUCAGAUCGCUGAUACUGAUCUCGGUGUUGAGUGCAGUGGUAUUGUCACCCGUGUUGGCGCGGAUGUCACCAAAUAUAAGCCCGGCGAUCGUGUUAUUACCUUCCGUUUGGGUUGCUAUCGCACGUUCCUGCGUAACCCGGAGGAGAUGUUCCAGAAAAUGCCAGAUUCCAUGUCCUUUGAGGUCGCGGCAUCUAUUCCUUGCAUCUACAGUACCGUUUACUAUUCGUUAUUCGAUGUCGCCCGUCUACAGCGUGGUGAGACAAUCCUCAUUCACGCAGCUGCAGGUGGUCUGGGUCAAGCUGCUAUCAUUCUUUCUCAACAUAUAGGGGCAAAGAUUUUCGUGACCGUUUCAUCUGAAGCGAAGAAACAGUUCUUGAUUGAUACAUAUGGCAUUUCCAAGGACCAUAUUUUCAAUAGUCGAGACCAUAGCUUUGCUACCGGUGUUAAGCGCAUGACCGGUGGACGAGGUGUUGAUGUAGUACUCAACUCGUUGGCAGGAGAGGCAUUGCGUCAGACAUGGCUCUGUGUGGCACCAUUCGGACGCUUUAUCGAGCUUGGAAAGAAGGAUAUUGUUGGAAAUACUGGUAUUGACAUGAGCCCAUUCAUGAACAACAUCAUAUUUGCUGGUGUCAAUAUGUUGUCUGUAUAUCGCGACAAUAUUCCCCUGUUUGGACGCAUUAUUGCAGAUGUGAUGAAAUGCCUAGCUGAUGGCAUCAUUCGCCCCGUUCAGCCGCUGAAAGUCAUGAACUUCUCUCAAAUCGAGGAAGCCUUCCGUAUCAUGCAGACAGGAAAGCAUAUUGGUAAGAUGGUGCUGAGCGCCCAGCCUGAUGAUCUAGUACCGAUUGUUCCUCAAACCAUAAAGCCUUAUUCAUUCCCCGAGAAUGCCACGUACAUGAUUCCUGGUGGGCUGGGUGGUCUCGGUCGCGCGAUAGCCUACUGGAUGGUGCAACAGGGUGCUCGACAUAUCGUCUUCACCUCUCGUUCUGGAGCAACAAAACCAGAAGCUCAAAAGCUUCUAGCAGAACUCCACAAAAUGGGUGCAAAGACCAUGGCAUUUGCCUGCGACAUCAGUAAGGUCUCCGAAUUGCAAAAGGUUCUCACUGCUAUAGACAAGGAGUUCCCGCCGAUCAAGGGUGUCAUAACCUGUGCUAUGCAGCUUCAGGACGUUCUAUUCGAGAACAUGUCGGUCGAUGACUUCCACGCCGCUGUUCGCCCCAAGGUUCAAGCUACCAGAAACCUCCACGACAUGUUGCCCAAGGACAUGGACUUUUUUGUUUGUCUAUCAUCAACAGGAGGCAUCGUUGGUUCCCGAGGUCAAGGAAAUUACAAUGCUGGUAACACGUUCCAAGAUGCUAUCGCCAAUCACCGCCGCGCCCACGGACAAAGUGCGACAAGUAUCAAUCUCGGUGUUGUUCUCGGUAUUGGUAUUACAGCUCAGAGAGGAGAGAUUCUGUCAUACCUUAAAACAGGUGCGAUGAUUGGUAUCCACGAACAGGAGGUCUUGACAACUAUCCAAGCUGCCAUUGCCGGUCAACUUCCAGCCCAGGUUGUUGUUGGACUUGCAACCGGUGGUCUACUCAAGCAAAACGGCCACGAUGAUCCAUUCUGGUUCAGUGAGCCCCGUUUCGGUCCACUGCGCAUAUACGAUACGCAAGAACUCGGCGUGGCCAAAGGCGGUAGCUCAGACGAUGAACAGCUUCAAACAUUGCUUGGUGAGGCCAAGACUAUGGCUGAGGCUACAGAGGCUGUAUGCACUGCCCUCGUGCGCAAGCUUGCCAAGGCUAUGAUGAUAGAGGUGGAGGACCUGGACUCUUCUCGUCCAGCAAACUCUUAUGGAGUUGACAGUCUCGUGGCUGUUGAGGUACGUGCCUGGAUCUUCAAGGAAGUCAAGAGCGAUGUAUCCGUCUUUGAGAUUUUGAGCAACACGCCUUUGCUGUCAUUGGCAGCCAAAAUUGCGUCGAGGUCUACUCUUGUGUCUCCAAGUAUUCGUGGAGACGUUAAUGAAGCGUAA